CUUGCAGGGGUGAUAAAGAGAUUAGCAGAUUUCGCCAAGAAGCAAAAGGAUUUGCCUUGUUUGUCUUAUACACAUUUACAACCAGCUCAGCUGUCUACGGUGGGUAAGAGGGCCUGUCUCUGGAUACAGGACCUGUUGAUGGACCUCCGGAAUCUGGAGAACGCCCGGGAUAACAUCAGGUUCAGGGGAGUGAAGGGCACCACAGGAACACAGGCUAGCUUUCUCACGCUGUUUGAAGGAGACGAGGAAAAGGUUGAAAAGCUUGAUAGGCUGGUCACAGAGAUGGCAGGAUUCAAACAGACGUAUAUGGUGUGUGGACAGACGUAUUCCCGUAAAGUGGACAUCGACAGUCUCAACGUAUUGGCCAGUCUGGGGGCCUCUAUACACAAGAUAUGUACAGACAUCAGACUAUUGGCUAACUUCAAGGAGUUAGAAGAACCAUUUGAAAAAGAUCAAAUUGGCUCCAGCGCCAUGCCGUACAAGCGUAAUCCAAUGAGAAGUGAGCGUUGUUGUGCGUUAGCGCGUCACCUGAUCUGUCUGGUACAGGAUCCUCUGAUGACGGCGUCCGUACAGUGGAUGGAACGGACACUAGAUGAUAGUGCUAACAGACGGAUCAGUUUGCCAGAGGCAUUUUUAACAGCAGACAUAAUCCUUAGUACACUUCAGAAUAUCGCAGAGGGGAUAGUCGUAUAUCCAAAGGUCAUUGAAAGAAGAGUCAACCAGGAGUUACCUUUCAUGGCUACAGAGAACAUCAUCAUGGCGAUGGUUAAAGCGGGAGGAAACAGACAG